CUUGUCCACUCAGAACCGAUACCAGGACUCCUAAUAGCUACUGCAGAACAACCUGUUGCGAUCAUGCUGUUUGUCUGGGUUUGCGUUUUUGUUUCUGCUUUCACUGGCCGCUUUGUAACCGGACAAUCUCCUCUGCCUCCCGGUAGCCCACAAGAAGUCCCGGUGAACCGCACUGAUGUUUUAGAAGCGGCGCAGUUUGCUGUGGUUGAAUUCAACAAAGCCAACACAGAAGACAUGUUUAAUUACGCAAUUCUGGACAUUACAUCGGCUCAAGUUCAGGUUGUCCAAGGUUUGAACUACUUCCUGGAAAUGCUCCUGGGACGUACAACGUGCAAGACCGGCAACACUGCUGCUAUCAAAGGCAACGCUGCUGCUAGCGACUGUGAUUCCAACUCUGAAGCCAAGGCAAGUGUAAGACUUCAGGUUGUGUUUGAAACUCCGGGAGAAACACACCUUAAAGCCCAACAAAGGUUUGCCCCAGUGCAUCAAUGUCAAUGUUAA